UCGGACUCCCGUCGCGUCGCACUCUUUUCCGCUUCGCCUCCAUUAAAGGACUCAGCGGCGGUUUGCGGGUCAAUUUUUAAAACUAGUUUGGCAGAAUCCGAUAUUAAUCGGAGCCAUCCGAACAGCAACCAUGACGGUGGGUAAGAGCAGUAAGAUGUUGCAGCACAUCGACUUCCGGAUGCGCUGUAUCCUGCAGGACGGCCGGAUCUUCAUCGGCACGUUCAAAGCGUUCGACAAACACAUGAACCUGAUCCUGUGCGACUGUGACGAGUUCAGAAAGAUCAAACCCAAGAACUCCAAGCAGCCGGAGCGAGAGGAGAAGAGGGUUCUGGGUCUGGUUCUGCUCCGAGGAGAGAAUCUGGUUUCUAUGACUGUAGAAGGACCCCCUCCUAAAGACACUGGCAUCGCCCGCGUGCCGCUGGCAGGAGUUGCUGGGGGUCCGGGGGUCGGCAGAGCUGCGGGGCGAGGCGUUCCCGCCGGAGCUCCGAUGGCACAGGCCCCCGCUGGACUCGCCGGCCCCGUGAGGGGAGUCGGGGGGCCAUCACAGCAGGUCAUGACCCCUCAGGGGCGAGGCACGGUUGCGGCCGUCGCUGUGGGGGCCAGUAUAGCCGGAGCUCCCACGCAGUAUCCUCCGGGCCGGGGUGGACCUCCUCCUCCGAUGGGCAGAGGAGCGCCUCCUCCGGGUAUGAUGGGUCCUCCUCCAGGCAUGCGGCCGCCAAUGGGACCGCCGAUGGGGAUGCCGCCCGGCCGCGGCGCUCCGAUGGGAAUGCCGCCUCCUGGCAUGAGGCCGCCACCUCCUGGACUGAGAGGUCCUCCUCCUCCAGGCAUGCGUCCUCCCAGACCUUAAACCUCUGCGUGGGACUGAGAUGAAUGAAAUGCAUCUUUUCCUUGUAUGGGAGAGUUUGACUGCAAGUUCUUGUAUAGUUUGUUUUUU